AUGGUGAAUUUGAUCUUUACAAACCAAAUUGAAGCACAACAACAAUCACAACCUUUUGUUUUUAUUAAUGGCAAUGAUGAAAAUAUUGAUGAUAUAUUGUAUUCAGAAAAAUAUAAUUUAUCUUUAGAAGUCACAUCAAUAAAUUCAACAUCAACAUGUAGUUAUUUUAAAAGAUCAUUUCAAAAUCACUAUAAUCAAUCAACUUCAAACAAUGAAUUUAUCAAAAGAUAUUUAGAAAUGCCAGAAGAAGUAAAAUUGCCUGGAUUGUCAGCUUUUAGCAUAGCUAAACACACACUAAGUCCAGUUCAUAAUAGAUUGGAUCCUGAAAAGGCAUGA